UUUACCAAGUGAAGUUGUGUUGUCAAAAAUCGACAUGCAAAAAUCUUUUCGGCACUGGUUUAUUUUCAGCCAGUGUGCGUCGCCGUAGGAGGCCGCCGCGGCUCUCUGUCUGGUCGAGCGCCGCACUCUGGAUUCUCAAUCGUGCUCCGGCCGUGUAGCAGGAAAGUCGAUCCGACGACUUACUCUCGCAACAAACCUCCCACAGAACCGCGAUCUCCUGCAGUCGCAUUUCGCGUCGUGCACGGUUCCAAGAGUCCCCCUGUCUCAUUAACCAAUUGGUCGCCUCACGAUGACUUCCUCACCGGCUUCUUGUGUGUGCUCCUGCGUUUUGAUGAUUGUGCUGGUGACCGCGACAGUCCACGGAGGACCGACAGUGUCUUCGCAGGCUCCGAGGGAUCCGGGCAACAAUGAGCCCUGCCAGCCGGACAAGUUGACGGUCUACAAGGUCGUCCUGCACACAUUCUGGUCCAGAGAGACAUUCCCGAAACAUUAUCCGGAUUGGCGCCCACCGGCUCAAUGGUCCAAAGUUUUCGGUCGAAGCCAUGACAAGUCCUUCACACUAUUUAGAGUGGGCAAAAGAUCCUCCCCAGGUGUGAAAGCGUUCGCUGAAACAGGAAGAUCCGAUGUCCUGGAAGAGCAAAGUCAAGGCGAAGGCGGCAUCUACGACGAGUUCAACGCCCCCCCAAUUACACAAGGUGUCGGCAGAACCGAAGCGGAAUUCUUCGUUGACGGAAACCACUCCAGGGUUUCACUGAUGUCGCGAAUAGUGCCGUCCCCAGACUGGUUCAUUGGGAUCGAUAGCUUCGACCUGUGCGUGAACGGUAACUGGCUAGACAGCAUCACCAUUGAGGUGGAUCCUAUUGAUGCAGGAACUGAUAACGGUUUCACUUUCACCGCUCCAAAUUGGCAGACGGAACCGCAAGGGGAAGCUUACCGUAUAACUGCCCAUUAUCCUGCACAUCCUGCAGGUUCCUUCUUUUACCCAUAUCUCAAACGAUUACCGCCUAUUGGUACCUUCCAAUUUAUCAAAGUAAAAGAAUAUGAAUUGAGUGAAGUCUUCCAUCACCAAGAGGACGACAGAAGGUACGACGUAUUGAAAAUGGAACACUUGACCCAGAACAACAUGAACCAGUUUAACGGCAAUAAUGAUAUUGAAACGGCCAUCGAAGAAGAGAGGGAGGAACAAGAGGUGCACCAAAGAAUACCCAGACCGAGACCAAGAGCCAACAAACAAUACGACUAUCGUUCCACCUUUUACUCCUCAUCAACGUCCCCCAGCACCACCUCAAGAAACAUAUACACAGAUGACCGAAUUAGUAACACAAUAAAUCAAGGUGAUGAAACCGUUGUUGUGACAUCACCAGCUGUACCAGCCGUUGUUCCACGUGGCGAUAAGGACGCCAUCCUCAACAGUAUCGCCGAUUCGUACAUGGCACACACCAAGGACCAUCACCACAAGAAGUACAGAAAAACGAAGAAGAAUGCGCAAAGGAAAAUCAGACCACCGAGGGACUGCAGGGUGACAGAAUGGUCAGCAUGGAGCGAAUGCAGCAAGUCAUGCGGUAUUGGCGAGAUGCAACGACGUCGCGAGGUCCUGAAACACGCGCGUCGCGGCGGCCGCUCUUGUCCGCCUCUGGUCGAGACCAAAUGGUGCGGAUCGGCACGGUCGUGCAACAAGGAGUACUUCAAUUGGUAAAAGGUGAUCGCAAGCGUUGUCUAAGUGACCACCAUCCACGAAUGGACUGAAAACGAUUAAUAGUGAGUUGUCGUGUACUCAGUUGGUAGACUCGUGCGAAGAUAUCGUUGUAGACGGAAACAUUAUUUUUUUUUAGUAAUGUAACGUUUGUAUUUUAGCAAACUACAUUAAAUUUGCUUUACCUAAAAUUUGAGUGUAGAGUACAAUUAUUACAAUAUUAGACAGUUGUUCAGACACACAUAAUGAAAUUUAAAAAUAAAAGAAUUUUUCUCACAUUUAUAACAUUGUAGAACUUCAGUUGCAACUUCAAAUAACUUUAACAUUUGCUACAACAAUAUGUAGUUUAGAAUAAUAAUUCAACAACACUAGCAAAUGGCAAAAAUAAUCAAAAUAUUUAUUUAUAUUACUUAAAGUAUAUUCUCAAAACUGUCAUAAAAUAUAAAUUUUACACUAUUAAAUCCAGUUUUUCUAUUCUACCAUGUAGACUAAACAUUUACAUAUAAUAAUCACAAUAAUAACAAUAAAAUGUUAUGUCCGUAUUUUCUUCGUGCAAGGUUACCACGUGUACUAAUUAACGCGCAACAGAGAUGUGUGUUCAGUGUGUUAAAAUUCCGCGAGAAACUUUUUUUAAACAACAAUAUGAACAAGUACUCUCUUGUGAUUCUCUCAUCCGUACUCAAAAAUACGGUCGGACAAUGUGAAAACUACCGUUCAAAAAAAAAAAAAUAAUAAGAAAAUAUAUGAAUUUAAAACGAAAAUUAAUAAAAAUACACAUCACUUUUAUAAAUAUUUUUAAUGAUAAUAAUUAUUUUUAAGAAGAGACAAUCGUUUUAAGGAAAAGUGUUGAUGGUGGUGGAAUAAGAAUUUCGACUUUAUUUAUUGGCCAGACAGUGUUUACAGAUAUUUUCUAACAUUUAUAUAAAUAAUCGGUAAAUACGUAUGACCUAAUUGACUUGUAAUGGACGGUUACUUCUGGCAUUCUUUAUGUUACCAUUAGUCCUAAUCUUAUUGCCCCAACAGCGACUAUAUCUCUCUAAAGAAUUUAGAAAACGUCCUUGUUCAACUCAAAACCAUCAAAACUAACAAUGAUUUACUAAAACGAAACCUAAAUGUAUAUGAAAACUACUGUUCGGUGCAUGGUGUUCGAAAUUUAUCGCUAAACUUUUGUCCUAAAAUGACCCUGGAAAACUUUUCUCUGAUUUUUCAACUUUUUUGUAUAUGUUAUUUUCGGACGAACGUUUUAUUUAUACAAGUUAACUUCCGCACACCCUGUGUAAUACAAUAUAUUAAAGAAUUUUGUGAGUGAUAAAAAAACCAUUUUACUAAUUUAUAUGAAAUAAUCUAAUUGCUGAAUUAUUUAGAAUUUUGUAUAUAUAUUAUAUAGGUACAAAGUUAGAUGUUAGAUCAAAUGUCAAUGAAAAUUUCUAUGCAAAAACUUAUAAAUUACAGGUUAUUCAAACCUUGAAGACCUAUUUUGAUAACUCCUAUCGAAAAGCUCUUCUGGAUAGAAAGGAACCUGUCCCAAAAAUUGUUGGUUGAAGAUGUGUCGCAAAGAACGAUCAUUUAAAAACCAAAUAAAAUGACUUCUACAUAUAUUUAGUCAUAGGAUAAUUUUCUAUCACAUAAGUUGUAUGUAUGUAUAAUUGUACUAAUAAUAAUUUUUAGUUAUUUGUCAAGCUCAUAUGUAUUCAAUAAAAACAAUAAACGUUAUAUUUAGAUAA